AUGGCGACCUCCAGGACGAGCAGAUGUCACAAAUGUCGAAAGGCAAACACCUCCGAGACCGCUCGACGAAGGAGCACGCACUGCUCACACAAAAUCUGCGACCUCUGCUUUCAGCAUGAAAUGUGGACUGCAUCGACCACUCAGCGAGCCCUGUUGUGCCCCGUAUGCAGCGUGCCAAUCGUGGACAGCGAUGAGGCUGCCACGACUGAAGCUUCUCAAAGGAAGCAGCUCGACAACAUGAUUGACAGUGCACAGGCACCAGACUUUGCCACCUGCAUGGCAGAACACCAGCUGCAUCAACUGGGCGACAACAAUGUGUACUGCCGCAAGUGCGAAGAACUGAUUCGGCGUGUCGAACUUGCGAGCAGAGAGCAACACGGAUCGUGGCAGGACGGCACGAGUGAAGUGAAAACGGAAGGAAGAGCAGGUUGCAAAGACCCAUAG